GAAAGAAAAAGCGCCUAAAUUACGGUAUUGACUUCAGUGCUCAGAGCCAAGAUAGUUUUUUUAGUUCUCGUGCAAAAGGCGAGUAAAGAAACAAAAAUAUCUGCCUAACCUGUUUAACUUAACUUAUUUGAUAUAUUUUUGGACAACGAAAGUAGUGCAAGUGGAAAAAUAACUAUUACACCCCUGACUAAACUUUCAAUCAUAUUUACUUCUAUAGCAACGAAUUUUAAGGGUGAGAAAUCAAAUCAGGUUUGUUGCCGUUUUGUCAAUACUGAUAAAACUUUCAACAUUUUGGCAGAAAUGGCUGAACGCCUAAUUCCUUCUCCUAACACUUUAGUUAAAUAUGAUAACCCGAUUCUGAUAACAAAGCACGAAUUACCUUCGACUUCAGGUGAUGGAGAUGCGGCAUCGGCUAAAAAAGGCACAUUAGCUGCUGAACAGAAACACGAAACUGAGGAAAUCUUGAACACGAUUCUUCCGCCGAAGGAAUGGGAGGAAGAUGGGCAGCUGUGGAGACAGCAAGUAUCCACCACACCAGCUACUCGGCUCGACGUGGUUAAUUUGCAAGAACAACUGGAUAUGCGAUUGCAGCAAAGACAGGCCAGAGAAACUGGAAUUUGUCCAGUGCGACGAGAAUUGUAUACUCAAUGCUUCGAUGAAAUUAUACGUCAAGUAACAAUAAAUUGUGCUGAAAGAGGGCUGCUGCUGUUGAGGGUGCGAGACGAAAUGAGAAUGACGAUAGAAGCAUAUCAAGCCUUGUACUGCAGCAGUAUAGCUUUCGGAAUGAGAAAAGCGCUUCAAGCGGAACAGGGAAAGUCUGACUUAAAUCAAGAAGUAGAUCUACUGAAAAACGAGAAACAAGACCUUGAACAUCAAAUCACGGAAUUGAAACAACGCGCUGAACAAGCAGAUAGAAGAGCGGCCGAAACGCGAUUGGCCGAGGAAAGAAAACACACUGAGGAAAUUGCUUUCCUGAAAAAAACCAACCAGCAACUGAAAGCACAGCUCGAAGGGAUCAUAGCGCCAAAGAAGUAAAGAAAACCAUAAAAAUAAUCAUAAAAUGUAUUUAUAUAGUCUUCUCCAAAGCACUUGGUUUACAUUGUAAUUUUACAUUUUAUAAAGUAUAUAAAAUAUUAACAAGUA